AUGUUUGUAAUCGUUGCAGAUGGCAUGGUCGUUUGCCGGUCCUAUACGGAAAAAUUUCCUGAUCCGAGCAAUCAUCCGGUUACGGUUGCAUUAUUUGCCGUACUGUAUUCAUUUGUCUUUGUGAUCAGUUUUGCCGGUAAUUUAGGUGUUAUCUACGCUACUGUACGACAUCGGAGUCUUCAGACUGUGCAGAAUAUCUUCAUAGUGAAUUUGGCCGUCAGUGACGUCAUCCUUUGCGUGCUGUCUAUUCCACUAACGCCAGUCACACACAUUGCCAAACAAUGGUACUUUGGUUCGAUGUUGUGUCGAGUGGUAGGAGGUAUUCAGGCGAUUGGUUUGUUCAUUGGCACGUUUUCACUUUGCGCUAUCGCUAUCGACCGGUACUUCCGACUAGUAAUUGCUCCAGGUAGCCCGUUGCGUAAAGUGAAUGCGAUCCGAAUCACAAUCCUUCUUUGGAUCAUCUCCAUUCUCGUCACCCUCCCCUACGUGUAUCAUAUGAAAAUGAGGAAAUAUCCCACAAUAAAUGUGUGUGGCGAGUUCUGUACAGAAAAGUGGCCAAAUGUUCAUUCGAAACGGAUCUAUACACUGUUUGUAUUGGCUAUUCAGUUUGUCAUUCCAUUCACUAUUAUGACAAUUUGUUACCAAGCGGUGUUCUCGUUUCUUCGACGUCGGGCAAAAUCUCGUCUCACUUCAAUUGCUCAACAAGCGAAUCUCCUUUAUGUGGUUGCUGCCACUGCUGGAGGAGACACGCAACAGCAUAAAGAGCAGUUAUCUCAUCUUAUCGAGCAGAAGCGACGAGUAAUGCAACAAAGGCGUCGAGUGACGUUGAUCUUGGUGUCAAUGGUAGUGAUCUUUGGCAUCACCUCACUACCACACAACAUUGUCAGCACACUUAUGGAAUUCACCGAUAGCCACGAUCUGCUCGCCUACAAUGGCAACGACUAUACCUACCUCUUGAACCUCAUCACACACUUCCUAGCGAUGCUUUCCUGUGUCGCUAAUCCGAUGCUCUAUGCGUUUUUGAAUCCGGAAUUCCGUGAACUCAUACUGAAUGGAUUGGCAGGCCUGAAAUGGACACCACGAUUCGUCAGCAGGACAUGGCAACCCACUCAGACUACGGUAGUGUGA